GCUUUAACUGUCAGUGUCAAUUCAAUAUUUUCGGUGAAGGAAGUUUUUCAAUAGAUGAAGAAAAUGUUUUCUCAAAAUUUGAUUUCUAAAUUACAUUAUUUAUCAAAAUUAUCAGCACAGCAUGGCCUUUCUGCAAAGAGGAUACCAACACUGCCGCAACCGAUGAAGCAAAGCCGACUAUACGCAACAGUGCCGCCGUCAAUGAGACCAAGUGGACCGCAGAUUAGUGGUGGACAUGCACCAAAGCCAAAAAUGACAACAUUUGGUGGCUUACGUGAAUUUCUAUUACAUCCGCUCACCUGGGAUCGCAACAAUGGUUACUUCAACAUUUUACUCGGUCUGGCCAUUUUCGGUUACUGUUUUUGCACGGCCUGCAAGAGCGAGGGACCGCGCACAGUUUCGUAUGAGCAAAAGGGGAAAAAAUAAAUAUUUAAGAACAUUUACUAUGCUUGAAUGACCUCAAAGACAACAAACCAAAAAUCAAA